AAAAAGUUAGGUUAAUGUAAACACGUUGUUUUAAGUUUCCCUUUAAUUUCUACUAAUUUUAAGUGUAAUUAUUCAUUAGUUUAAAAUGAGCGAACAGAAUGAAUUUAAAAAGCAUAUGUCCUGCGCUUUGGAUAUUGGUGAACCAUUGAAUUUAUUGGCUAGCUUAACUACUGCUUGUAAUGAAGGUUAUCACUUUGUGGUAACCAAACUUAUUCAUCCUAAUCAUGAGAGAGAUCUGUACAGCAAAGAUGCACCAAGAGUUAUUGGUCGAACUGAUAGACUUUUGAGCUCAAACGAUUGGAACAAACUUAUAGUUUGUAGGUUAUCGAAGCAGUUUCAAAUUGAUAGUGAGAUUGAGAAUAUUCGAGAGCAUGACAAAAAACUGUUAUCUCAAGAAUUGGGAUUUGCUUGCCACUUGUACAUUCCUGCUAUACUAAUUAAGCUAGUUCAGCGAGAUAAUAAAAAUUUGGCUCACUUGCUGAAUUGCAAGCUGCAGGCUGGUGCUAGUUUUCAGGUUUGGGUAGAAACUCCUAUGGUGAAUCCAGCAAAGAAAUCACCAAUUGUGAAUAAUGAGGAUUGUGAUGAUAUCUGGGAAUGGUGGAACGAUUUCAGGAGAUAUGGCAAUUACCACAAACGUAUUGGAUUGGCUCUGGUGAUGCCAACAGAUGGUUGUAUGCUGGAUGACUUGGAAAUCAAAAGGUGGGGCGGGGAACCAGUGAAGGCAAUUAUAAUUCCCACUUGUCUCUUUAUUUCCAAUCAACACAAGCAGCCUGUCUUGCCACGUGUUUAUCAAGAGAUCAUCAAACAAUUUCUACACCUGGAUGUGCAAUACAUUAUUUCAGGGCCAAGAUUUAAACACACUUAUCAGCAGUAUUGCAGCUACAUGGGUUAUUUGGGAAAGAAGUUGUAUGAUCAAAGUGUGAUUGGAGAAUUUUCUAUGGGUUGCGAGGAUUUCCUGCAAAGCCCUUUGCAGCCAUUAACAGAACAUUUGGAAACUCCUAUUUACGAAAUUUUUGAGAAAGACUCGAUCAAAUACGUUUUAUACCAACAAGCGAUUGAGAAAGCUUUAUGUGAUAUAGCAAAAAAUAUAAGUCCCAUUGUCGUUAUUGUAGUUGGCGCAGGAAGGGGACCUUUGGUCCAAGCUACUUUGAACGCCUCCAUAAUUACUCAACGUAAAGUAAAAGUGUAUGCAGUUGAAAAGAAUCCCUAUGCUGUUAACACGCUCGAAGAAAGAAUUGCCAAUGAAUGGAAUGAUCAAGUUACAUUGUUCAAUGAAGAUAUGCGGGUUUGCGAACCUCCAGAACAUGCCGAUAUCCUUGUUUCUGAGCUCUUAGGUUCCUUUGGUGACAACGAAUUGUCUCCGGAAUGCUUGGACGGAGCCCAAAGGUUUUUGAAGCCGAAUGGUAUUUCCAUACCACAAUCUUAUACAUCUUAUCUUGCACCUUUGCAAAGUAUUAAGCUUUACAAUGAAAUCGGAAUGUCCAAAACAGCGGAUAAAACAUUGCAGGUCCUUUAUGAAACACCCUACGUUGUGCAUUUAGUGAAUGCAUACCAAAUUACUAAUGCAAAAGAUCUAUUUGUGUUCGAACAUCCCAAUAGAAGCGAUAUGAUUAUAAACGAACGAAUGCGCACAUUGAAAUUCACUGCAGAGCAGAAUUGCGUGUUGACAGCAUUCGCAGGAUUCUUCGAAAGUGUCCUUUACAAAGAUGUUAUUUUGAGUACAAAUCCUGUUACCCAUUCCAGGAAUAUGGUCAGCUGGUUCCCUAUAAUGUUUCCACUUCCCUUUCCGGUACAAGUUAAAACUAAUGAACAGAUCGAAGUAACUUUCUGGAGGGCAGAGAAUAACGAGAAAGUCUGGUAUGAAUGGUGCCUUAAUUCGCCUUUUAUGGGAAGCAUAAGCAACAUCGCUGGAAGAUCCUACUUUAUUAAGAAGCAUUGAAAUGAUGUAGCUUUUUUACUUUUAUAUAUUAGCUUUGUACACAGGAGGAAUAGAAUAUUUUACGUUUCCUAUUAUUAUACAUUGUACUCAAAAUAAUAAAUCAGUAUACAAUUUGAUGCUUUAA